AUGCGGUGCAAAUUAAUUUGUUGUGCUUUUGUUGGACUACUUUUAUUAAAUUUCAGUAAUGCAAUCGUUUUCAAAUUCUCAAACUUUGUCUGCGAGAGCUACAACAAAUCCUGGUUCCUGUUUCACGAGUGCCGACUGAAAGCCGUAUCUCGGGAAAAGGUGGUCUUAAACAUGAACGGAACUCUUCUGCAUCCCGUAUAUAAUGUCCUAACUAAAGGCAAGAUGUUUAAAAGGGAAAGUGGCUUUAAACCAUGGCUCCUGGAGACUAAAGUAGAUGCGUGCCGUUUUAUGCGAAAGAACUACGAUCCUAUUGCUAAAAUAGUCUAUGGUUUUUUCAAGGAAUUUACCAAUAUCAACCACACCUGCCCGUUUGUGGGUCCACAAAUUGUUAAAGGAUUUUAUCUGAAACCUGAACUAUUGGCGCUUCCGUUUCCAACUGGAGAAUAUUUGCUAUCAUUAAGGUGGCUAUUUGAUCAAAAAUUACAAUUUGACACCAAUGUUAGUUUUUUGUUUGUCGAGGACAUAAAGAAAGCCUGA